AUGGAAUCGAAACUUGCAAACCUUAUUUCAUAUUUGCUUGUUUUGAUGUCCGAGUCUUUCAAGAGGGACAUCGAAAGCUUCAUUUCAAGCGUCCGAUUCUCCCUUGAAACAUUGGCCGGGCUCUGGACCCCAGCUCCCGGGACCUCGGAUUCCCAGUCCCUUCUGUCCUGUAAUGGCGAGACGUGCGGCGGCUCGGCGAGGCUGAGUGCUUCUGAAGUAGAGGUGGUAAUGAAUAGAUUAGAGCUAACGGAGAGCGGCGGAGAAGCCGCCGGAAUCGGACACGCCGACAUGGCGGCGCUGUUCGAGGAGGAGGAGCCGAGUUUGGAGGAAUUAAGGGAGGCUUUUAGGGUUUUCGAUUUCAACGGAGAUGGAUUUAUAGAUGCAAUGGAAUUGCAGAGAGUCGUCUCUCGAUUAGGGUUAAAUACGGAUUACGAAUUGGGGGAAUUUCAGAAGAUGAUCAGAGCCGUUGAUUUUAACGGAGAUGGCCGUGUCGAUUUUCAGGAUUUCCUCAGAUUGAUGGAGAAGUGUCUCUGCUGA